UGUGGACAACAUACUUGCAGACACGGGAGUAUAAUAAAUUUCUGGACUCCGGAUUCAAAAACCAGUCAUGACUACUGAGCCAAACUACCGCCGGAAGAAACCCGGUCAUACCAGUAACCCUGCGAAUGCCAGUUCCAAUGGUGUCAUGGGCCCCAGCUCACAGAUUCCUGGUUUGUCAGUGACUGCUGAAACAGGGCCGGUGGAAAGGACCAAAGGACGUCGGGUUGGCAUUUUCGAGACAGAUUCUGACUAUGUCAAACUGGCGAAACAAGGAGGGCAAAAGGGUUUACUGUGGCAUGAAGAGACCAAUGUUGAGACUAAACCUGGCAAAUCCUACAAAGCACCCGACUGGUUCUCUUCUGCCGCAGAGGGAGAGCAGCAUAGUCGAAGUAAAGCCGCGUCCCCAGACGCCACGAUAUCUCACGGACUCGACAAGAGCCCGACUAAACAGGGCGUGCAGCCUCUGGCGGCACCGUUUGGCACCGACGAUUCCUCGUCCUGGGAGAAAGAGGCGGAUGGCGUAGCCGCUGGUAAACAGAAGAAGCCCAAGGGUGGUGACCAAGUGGUCCAGGCCAUGGAGAAACUGGCGUUAAGUCCGGAGGAAAUUGAGAAGGCAAACAAAUACAAAAGGAUGUCUCAUGAGAAGAUUUCCUCAGGCCCAGUGAGUAUGUCAAAACUCCUGAGCUUUGGCUACAUAGAGGAGGACAAGAAGUCUCCUGAUGACGAUGCUUCCAGCAUGACAUCAGAGAUGACCAGCACUAUUGCACCAGAAGACGACCUGGAGUGAAAAAGAGAAACGAGAGACUUUGGCCAGUGGUUUUACUGGGUACCUAACAAAA